CAAAAGCCAGCUCUGUUUUACAAACGUUAUUUAUUCGCCACCAUGCUGGAAGGCGCGCUCAAGUCGUGGAUCGUGUACUUCCUGGGCCAGUAUGUGGAGAGCCAAACGGUAAACGUGUCCGCUAAGCUGUGGCAGUCGUCAGAGCGGCUCAAGCUCGAAAAUCUGACGCUCAGGUCCAGCGUCGUGCCCAGUUGGCUGCCGUUUCGACUCAAGACGGGCUUUAUCGGAUUAUUCGAGGCGGACUUGCCCAUCUCGGCCAUUUUCGGCAGUGCUUCGGCCAAAAUCAAGUUUCAGGACGUUCUACUGGUCCUAGAACCUCUAAAACAUGACGAAGAAGAGCUGCAGGACGAGAUUUCGUCUCUAGUGACCUUAAAAAUGAACAAACUCGAGCAGGACCUGCGGGACCGAUGGAACGGACCCCAAGUACCUGAAUACACAGUACCUCACGAGAGCGAAGGAUACUUUGGCACUGAUGGCUGGAUAGGACGCACUAUGACCAAGCUUAUCGACAACCUGCAGGUUGAUAUUAGGAACUUACACAUCCGAGUGGAAGGAGUGUGGUUUCCUACAGGUCCAAUGAGAAGUCCUCCGACAUCUAGGACCAGUAGUAAGGAUAAGAACAGGUCGGACGGAGUAAAAUUUGCUGCAGGAUUCACACUGGGGGCGCUCUCGGCAGUCACGACGCCCAGUAAUUGGCGAGUUGGAGGCUUCGACGACCAGAAAGAGGAAUCUCCACAGGAGAAGAACCACUUAGUGUUCAAGCUGAUUAAUGCUAUUGAUCUGUCGGCGUAUGUGGACCCGAAUGCGCUGCAUUUUAUCCAUUCCAGAGUCCAUCCGAAGGUGCUACAGUCGACCUUGUCGAGGUUAAAGGAGAUGGGGUCAAGAUCAGCCAAGGCGGACUGGUGGAAUGCUGAAGAAAGCGUACAUGCACACAGGUUUUUGGUAGCGCCGAUUAAUGUGGCGUUGAAAUUGACGAUGAACACAGCGGCGCAUCAUUCACAGACGGAGGAUCCGCGGUAUAACGCGGUGUUUCACUUGUCGAGGAUAUGGAUGACGAUGGAUGAGGAGCAAUUGUCGGUGCUGAAAUUGAUUAUUGACUCGUUCUCUGGACAUGAAAAAUGGAGAGUAAUGGUAGCAGAACAGGUGAAGGCGUCGGAGCGACACACAGUGGGUAACGAGGCCAAGGUGGCCGAGCUGGCGGAGAAUUAUUUAUUACUAUGGAAACAGGUGAUGGCGAUGAAAAGCGAAGGACUGGAUGCUCUGAAGAAGAGCGAGGCAUGGAGGAAUGCUACGAGGAUAGAACAACAGCUACCGUACGAGGUGGUAGUGUCGAUACGGAAUCGUCUUGGACUUGAUGAUAUUGCAGGCGCAGAAAGGAUAGUACCGUACCCUAAUGCUUUGUAUGGUCUUGGCGAUGCUAUGGGCAUCCCGCUCCCAGAGAUCAGUGUGCCAUUUCCUGAGGGCCCAACAGGACUCCUGUUCGAUAUACUGGCGUCAGGUGAUGUGGCUAUCAAGCGGUGUGCCGAGAAGAGUCCUGCUGCGGUGAAGGAUAGCGUGAGGCCUGGAUUGUUGCUGAUCAAAGUGGACGACCGACCGCUGCGGUCAGUUUUUAAGUUCAAGUCCGGUUUUGAUUUGCAGCUGGCGAUCGACUCGAUGCCUGGAACGAAGGUGCUAACGUUUCGUCACCCAUCCGUGAUGCCACUCGAGGUCACUCCUUCCCGUGCAGUCGCCAAAGUCUCGUUUACGUCGGACCAACUCAAGUUCUGCCUUGUUCGAGCCUUCCAGAAGCGAGUGAUCGCAGAAGUGAUGCUGGACCAUCCUGCGGUCUAUAUUAACGGUUUUGGGCCAAGUUUGUUCUCGUACCACUUCUACGACAUCAAAGUUGAGGACUUUUACAUUCAAAGUAUGUCACGAGAAGCAGAUGAAGGCAAUCAUUGCAUCGCGUCCAGUAUCAGCAAACCUGUGGAUGGUUUUAUUGACGAAAGCGAACAGAGUCCUGCUAUUCGAUUCAGUAUGAAUUAUCUCUACGAGGCACACCCUGACGCUCGUCCUGGCAAGAUCGAUACGUAUGGAUCGAAAAUUUCGCUGGCAAUUGGUAACUCUAUCGCAGUUUUCGACGAGCCAAAGAUGACUGCACUACUUGGUGAAUGGCAAGAUUGGCUUGGCGCUAUUUCGAGUAACUACUCUAAUGGCAUGCCCUCGUCCAACAUCUCUCGGAUGGAUGUUGAUUUGUCUGUAGUGCCACCUUCAAUGAACUCUCAACUAGUAUCAUCGUACGCAUCGACCAGCCCCUCUAAUAGUGUCGAUGGCAACUUCCCACCUGCGGUUGUUAUCAGCUACUCGUAUGAAGUUAAGGUUGACCUGUUGCGUUUAUUCGUCAGUGCUCCCGAAGCCCCUGCUGCACCUGUGGCGCUAACCAACGAGCCUUCCUAUCGAGCCUUACUGAAGCAACUUGUGGGCGAUGAACCUAGCGGACCACCAGCUAUUCCAGAUUGGGCCAGAGCUGCACAUGCUAUUGUAGUGAUGCAACGGUUUAUUCGAGGAGCCAUAGUGCGAAAGCGGAAAAUGGUGCGCUUGGCACUAGCGAGGAACCGCUGGGUAUACUACGAAGGGGGCGAGAUGAUGGGAUGGCUGUACAGCAGAGAUGACUCGCUCGCGUUCCGACGAUGGCGGCGUUCGUGGUGCCAUCUUGACGACGAGGGCAACUUCUCCAUGCACAGCAAUGGCUCAGGCGCAGAUGUGCUGGAUGAGUUUAGUCUGCUGGGUUGCAAGGUUAUCAUGCUGCCUUAUGCUACUGGAGGGCCUUGGGACUCGACAAAGGGCAAAUUAUGCGAAGUUCUGGAGAUCACGACUCGGUCUGGGAUUCUUCGAAAGGUGCUGAGCUCGGAUAGUCUGAUGGAGUUGAAAAAGUGGAAGCACAGUAUUGAAAGCAGUGCUCGGAAUGCAGCCAAGAGAUCAUCCAGUGAAGAUGUCGAAGAGGAAGAAGCCUUGUACGAGUCAGCACGUGAAGACGACAACUACCCUUUGGAAGACGAGGACGUGCAGUUUCGCAACGUGGAGCAGCGGAAAGGAGCGGCACUGGAUGAGCUGCUACUGGGAGGAUUCUCCGGCAUCUAUCGACCGACUGCGACACUGAAGAAAGAGCAGUCUUCGUGGUACUCGCUGAGUAUAACCAACGUGACGUUCCUGGUUGAUGUGCACCGCGUAUCGGAGGCUGAUUGCUCCGCGUUCGCGUUGUACCUCGGCUUGAAAGACUUCACAGUUCUAGACCAUCGACAGUCAUCGGAGUACGGUGUACUGCACGUCGGCGACAAGUUUUUGAGCCUGAAAAACGGCGAGUUGACACCUGGAAAGAUGCGAGCGGACCAUCUGAACAAAGGCCCCUUCCUCGCGCUGCGUAUGUCAUACCGUGGAGCACGUGCUGGAUCAGAUUGCUUCGUGCUACAAAGCGGACUCCACGCAGACCUCACGAUAUCGGGUUGGGUGAUGCCGCUCACUCUGACUCAAGUUUUCUUCGAGAUAAUCGACGUUUUGGAUGUGCUGUGGGCUUCUGACAGUGAUGUAACAGAGAGUGGAGGUCGUGCUUAUGCUCCUGAACCAGUGAGCGCUACUCCGUGGAAGGAGGUGCCGGAGCUUGGGAUUCAGAUUCGUGCUCCCAUCCUGGAAGCGUACCUUGAAGAUUCUCACUGUGUAGCGAAGCUGACGAUCGAGGACAGCUCGUGUUCGUACCGCGCAGACCCGGGGGUAGAAAACUUCAAGCUACAUCUUGGACCUACUGCGUUGUUCGUGUUGACUGAAGAUGUCGCACUUCGGCUCGUGCAAGUGGACAAGUUUUGGCUCAGCUACGAUCUCCGACUACAUCGACAGACUGACGCGCCUGUGGGUGGGUGCGACUUGUGUGCUGAUGAGUCAGCGAAGAAGCCUGUAUGCCAUCGCUCUGUCAGCAUUUCGAUCGGUCAGGUCAAACUCGAAGCAGAUCGACGGCUAGAGCUGCUUUUCGCGCUGUUGGAGGCGUUAACACACAGCGAAGUCUCGGCUGAGGCCGAUGGAGACGCUGAAUUUGACAGUGCUAACGAAGAGAAAGCCAUGGACAGCGAUGGUUUCGACAGAAGAGACUACGAUGUCAGCUUCCUCGCAGGAGAACAGAUCUCUCAAACGGAGCGAUUCUCGUCAAUGCAGUUCAAUCUCCAAGACCAGGAUUCGAUCGAUUUAAGACCAAUGUACGCGACGGGGUUUGGUCGGCCGUACGCGUCUCCGUCUGGACGUAGUCGAAUGUCCACUGCGACUUCUGCUGGGUUAAAUUACGGACUGCAAGACACGAGCCAGGAGCGAUCUAAGCGAAAGGCAAAGGUGUCUGCUUUCAUCCCGUUGCUGAACUACCAGAUGCUUGUUGGGAUUAAGAGCGAGUCUUUAGAACGACAAACCUCAGCAAGGAGUAUCUUCCGUACGCGUUUACGGAUGGGGCGAAUUCAUGACCGCUUAUCCAUCACGUGCUACUCGGUGGUGUUCGAAGUGAUUAAGAGAAGCUUGUCCGUGGUCUCGUUGGAUACCUACAUCCCAGUUAUGAACUUUUCUGUCAGUGAUAUGAAGAUGCAGUGCAUGACACGAACGGAGUUUUCGACGGACCACGCAGUGGAUGCGAGUGUGGAAAUAUCAGCUCGUUACUACAACACUUCAUUGGCAGACUGGGAACCCUUCAUCGAGCCUUGGCGAGCGUAUGCGAAGGCAAGAAGUGACGGUGGCGAGGACGGAACCACCAUGCAGUUGAGUGCAUUGCAGCGACUCAAUGUGAACUGCACGGACUCGCUAAUCCGAUUGCUGUCCAGUAUCGCUAAGAACCGUCGUAAGCAAGACUUUAUUGUGGAGAAACGGACACUCGCUGCUGUCGCUGCUGAUGGAGAAGCCAAGAAGGAAGACGGGCGGGUGUGCGUACUUAACAAUCUCGGCGUCCCUAUCCGGCUAGCCAAUCUUAACACGUCGCACGCAGGAACACUUCACGUUGACGUUAGAGACGGAUGGUCCUUCCCUGGAUACUCACGAUUCCAUAACGUUAGAGUCUCCGUCGUAUUGUUGCCGUGGUGGCAUCCACGUGAGAUGCAGACCGUGGAGAAUUUCCGCCAUAAGUUUUCACUUCCUUACGGUGGAGCGCAGUCAGGUGUGACGCCAAUUCUGAGGAUCGAUGUGCUGACAACGGACGAAGGCAAACGCAACUACGUGUUUGAUCAUGUCACGAACAAGUACGUGGAAGUUGAAGAAGACGAUGACGACGAUUUCUUCGACGUGCCCGCUGCACAGCGAAUUACACCGCCGAAUACACAGCAAUGUGUGAAUCGAGGAGACAGUACAAACACAACCACUUCUCAACGGACAAGGUGGUCUUCCGUUGGAUCAGCAGAGAUUAAUCUUGCUGGCAAUGUCAUGGCGUCUCUAGAUCCCAAUCGGAUGAAGCUGAAUCGAUGGUACCGUCUUCAUGAUUUACGCGGCAAUGUCACGGGCGAGAUCUUUGUCGGUCUUCACUUUGUACCAGACGUGAACAACUCAGUGCACCGCAGCAGGAUAAACGAACCUCAGCAAGUGAAAGACGGCCAAUUCCUGGUGUUCGAUCCUCUGAAAAUCGUUACAGCGAACACAAGUGACCCCGAGGACCAAUGCAAGGACCACGUCAUGCUCUCGGAUGGUCUACGUGGAAGUUACAUCCCGCCAUUAGCUUUGGAAGUCAUUAUCGGAUCGUCGCGAAUGAGCUUGAUGUGCCCUCUCCGUCGCGCUGGAAAGUUCCUCAUUCAAGGCGAAAAAGUGCUGGCUGAAGUCAAGGUGGCACAGCGAGACGAGUCACGUCGCGUAUUGCUUCUGAGCUCUCCUGUUCAGCUGAAAAAUGAUACAAGCAUUGAUAUGGAGCUAUGGACCUGUCGAACACGCUUAGCCCCUGGCGAGGGUGGACCCUUGCCAAGAACAGGAAAAUUGAUGACGCUGACUACGCGUAACAAGAUGUCGGUGCCGAUUAGUGCAAUGUUCGGAGAAGAGAAAGACUCCAUUGUUGUGAAGGUGGAUGGAUGCAGACCAACAGUUGUGGCAGAUCUGAAUAAACUAGCAGCAGGCUCCACGAUCCUGACGCUGGAAGCUGAAGACCUUGAAGGAUUGGGUUAUUGCCUGUACGUGAACAUAACGUCGCACAUGCGUAAGGUGUAUCGAGAAGAGCAUCAGGGAAUGAUAACGCGCGGAAACACGAGUCAAGACGGUGAGUUGCAGACAUAUGCGACCAAGUACCAGAUAUCGCUGCACUCCUGUCUAAUUUUCGAGAAUACUCUCCCGAUUCGAGUGCAGUACAAGAUCGUGGCCAGUGGAUUAUUAGAGGAAGUGGUCCGAACAGGUACACUUUCCCCCGGUGAAGAAGUUCCUAUCCACGAUUUCCAGUUGGACGCCCAGUUGAUGCUUCGAUUGCCUGAAAUGGAUUCAAUCUGGAGCCGUCCCAUUAACCUUGGUGACUGCAUCUAUCGAGAAGGCAUGGACAAAUCAAUCAAGUCGAUGUUGGGUGCAAUUGGUGCAUGGGAUCCAAUCGUAGAGUUCCUCCCGUCUCCUCAGAGCCCUGGUAUGGAGUUCAAGGAGGGGGAUAUCGCCUCAAACAAGGUCGUGACUCGUAUCGACUACACGGCUGCAGAUGACGGGAGUCCGCGCAUUGUAUUGUACUGUUCUUUGUGGGUGUACAACCAGUCACAUGUGCAAACUCUACUGUUCCGUUGUGCGGAUAAUCCGGAUGCAACUGCUUUGGUCGUGCCUCAACUGGUUCCUCAGCGUCCCGUGCCACGUUUGAUGGAUUGUCCUGGUCAAGCCUUCGAGAUCGGUACCAUUAUCGACACGGAGGUAUCUCGGUGGUCCGACAAGAUCCAUUCGACUGUGGUGGGUGUCCAAGAGCCUAUCAGCCUGAAGUUUGGCAGCAAAUUGGGUCCGAGAACCCGCAAUGAACUAGGGAUAUCCAUUCAACGACCUCUGGGUCAGUUUCAUCGCACGACGCAAGUAAUUGUCACUUCACACUUCGUGUUCGUCAACAAGACCCACGCAGCAUUCAAGGUCUCGCAGUACAUGAGAACAAGUGACCGAGUUGUGGAGCUUCCUGCCAUGUCAAAGAAAGGAAUCCCGGCUACACAUCAUUUCGAUUUUGAUGCCACAACCAGCUUAGCCAAUCGACGAGUGUACUUGCGAAUGGACCACCAUGGAGCAGAAUGGAGCGGCCCAUUUGUUGUGGACGAGGAGAACGAGUUUUCUUUGAAACUCAAAGGAUUAGUGAUGGAUUCCUGGAGAGACGGAAGCGGCAAUACGUACCAGCACGAGGGUUUCCGACGUAGCGCCGUGGAAAUGCAUCGUAUCAAAAUCCGGAUCAGCAACAUGGGACCUAGUAUGGUUGUUACGCUAUUACGAGACGACCCGCCGAUGUAUAUGAUCCGCAACGAGUCGAGUUCAGACGUCUAUGUGAGCCAAGUACAUUGCUCUGAAGAAACUGUGGUGAUUCGUAGCCGCGAGUUUGUUCCCUUCGCGUGGGUGAAGCCGGAUGGACCUUGGUAAAUGCUAGGAGUGCUUCAUAUUGAGUUGGUUCUUUCUGACAGGUUUGUACUUUUGCAUAGGCGAGUGGCUUGUCGGACAGGGAGUAUCGUGGGUCGGGUCAAAAUGGUCUCGCGAAAUUAUGGCGUCUAUGACUUUGCGAACUUGGAUCGAGAGCGUAACAUCGACGCUUUGCGCUACCGAAUGUUCGGCAGCAAAUCGAAAACUAUCACGGGCGAUAUUGUCAUGGAUCGCGCGUCACGUGUACUGGUUUUCCGCGACCAUGACAAGGAUAAACCGCCCAGUUACAUUCUCGAAGUGAAGAUUAUCGCGGCGCGACUUCGUAAAGAGUUUUCACUCAAGCCAGAUUCAACUGCAGAAUUGAUUGCAGAAACGGACAACCAUGGUGUAAGAACGACUAACCUUAUGGUACUGUGAUGUUACGCGCUAACAUUUAUGCUUUCUCAACAGGCAAAAGCGACCGAGUCUAAGGAGCUGAAGACUGCACACGUGUAUCGAUUCGACUCUGACCUCGAGUUUGCGUGUGAUUCGCGACCCAAAAAGCUGACGUUAAAUUUCUACGAGAGUCAAGGCGAUCAAGAGGGAAUACUGCGCGACAUGUCCUCUAUUGGUAUCGACGAUGAAAGCUACUUCAAUAGCAAUCGCCCCAAUAGACGUGGAGAUAGUUCUGCAGAGCUUAGACUUAAUGCAACGGAGUAUGAUGAAUCUGGGAGUCCGAGGACUGGAGAGGACUCCGCGUCGUUCGAGCUGAUGCACACUCCCCCUCAGCGGUGUCGCCCCGUAUCAGGCAAUAUCUCGGACAGUACGUUGUCUCGAAACCAGGCGUUCUAUCGCAACGACAGUGAUCUCUCGUAUGCUGAGGGGAUGAUCCAGCUCAGCGACAUCGAGCGAGUGAGCGAUUCUUACGCUUCUUCUGAACAGUCUGAUCGUUCUGAUCAUCGUAAUAUGGAGCGCGAGUAUGGCGCGGCUGGGACUGUGGAGAUCAAGAUCCCGAAGAAAGCCUGGACACGUAUGGGUGUGGGCGCUAAGCGUUCCAUUGCUCUGUCGUACAACACAGCAGAGCAAGCGCGUCGAUCGCUUGGACGGGUGGAAGGCCAUUGGUGGGAAAUGAGGGAACCGGAAAGCGGUGACUUGGUUGGCGAAGUGCUAGUGGCGCUCAAGUUUCGUACUUCGGUAAGAGAACACAUCCAACCGACUGGUAUUUACAACAUGAGUGCGAUUAUCCCGAGUAUCGGCCUAUCGUUUCUUCACAACGCGAACUCCAGUAUGGUGGAAGUGGCGUAUCUUUCGAUGCAGCGUCUCGGAUUGCUGUAUUCCUGCGCUGGUGGCAGCAGCGAGGUGGUCUUCUCACUUGGCAACCUGCAAAUGGACAACCAGAUGGAACGUGAGGUUGUUCUAGGUCCUAAGGUGCACCAAGUUAAGGAAGGAGUAUCGGUGCGACUGCGAGAUCGCUGGAGGAGCUUCAUGAACUACCGGUAUCGCGGUAUCUUCGAGGAGUUAGACACCAACAGCUUGAGUGUCAUUCAGUUCCGAAUGCUGUGGAACUCAAGCUGCCACGCGGGCGAGUUUACACACUACGAGCUGAUUGAACUUAUCAUGCAGGAGCUUGAGGUGUCGACAGAUGAGAAGUUCGUGGUCAAUUUGAUUAGUGUUUUCCAAGGCUUGGAGGGGCUGACAAGCCACCACACCUUCGAAGAAAUCGUCAACACGCAGCUGGACUAUGCAGGCGUUCUUAACAGUGCUAUCAUCCCUGCUGUGGGUUCAGACGAAAGAAGUGGCGUUGGUGGAGCGGCUACAAGUGCUACGGGAGCGGAACCCAGCGGCGUGUACAUCGAAGAGCUGUCAAUUGAAGCAAUCCGCAUCAAGUUUACGAUGGAACUUCACGGCGGACGGUACAUCAAGACACUUGGUCCUUCCGGUCGACGACUGGCUGUUUAUCUUCCCGAGUCUAACGUAAAGGACUUCAGAUUGUAUCUGACGAAGCUUUCGUUCACGCAUCUUUACGAGCCUCAAGCCAGUGUGGUGGAGAAGGUAACACGACGAUACUCUCAGCAGGCUGUGAUUCUCGUUCUCAGAGGCUUACACACGGUGUCUGUGUACGCGAAUCCGUUCCGUAUUGUCUAUCGAUUGGGACAUGGUGUCGUGGAGCUCGUACGCUUACCUGCACGUGGCUUGGCCUCCGGUAGUCCACUUGAACUCAUUAGUGGCGCGUAUCUUGGUGUACGAUCGUUGGCAAUGAACACAAUCAGUGCCAGCUACGAGAUUGUAGCGGGAGCGACGGGGAUUUUCGGCGCUAUAUUGACUCCAUUUGUACCUGAAAGUCGACGCAGAGCUUUUGAAGAGGAUUUGGUUGCGUUCCAACGUGCUGUAAUCGAAGAAGUGGAUGCUUUCGAUGCAGCUGAAGAGCGGACGAUGACCAAGUUGAUCGUGCGGAAACCUCGUGAGUUCGAUCCGAGUGGAGUGGGGCUGCUUACUGUGUAUGGACCAGGCUCGGUGCCGCUGGAAGAACAGGAACGCAUUGACCAUAAGGCCGUUGUGCUUUUGCAACUAUGGUGGCGUCGACGACGACGAGCCAAGUUGCUACUCGCUGAGGCGCGACGACUUCGUCCUGAAGUAGACGAUGAAGGUCGAUCUAACCAGUGUGCCGUGCAGUGAGGAUGGUCAACGUGUUCUAUGGAACUCCGUUUGCUAACUGCUUGUAUAGUAGUGACAGGGUCGAGUACCGCAGCGCUUUCAUCAUUUUUGUUAUUUAUUAUCAGUGCAAUGCUGAACAACUUUUUACUACAGUACUUCGAUGUAUUCUUCUUCUCGAGUGAUUGAAAUUUACCUAAUCAAGAUACUUCAGAAAACCCAGCAGACUUGAGAACGCAAGCCAGGAAGGAAGCAAAUGAUGAAGUUGUCGUGCCUUAUCGUUGGGGGUCUUAGCACUAAGUUCCAAGUCGAAGUCGCAGGGGACAAGACUGUGGAGGAUCUCCGACUGGUGAUCAAGCAGACAAACAUCGGAUGACAUCGAUCUUCAUAAGAAACUGCUAUUUGCUGUCAAGAUGACGGACACCAAAGAGUGGCUUCUCGGUAAUGCGUCUCAAGUAGCUGAGCUACGACAGCUGGAAAUUUGUUCAUUGAACGAUCUUCUGAAGGUAACGGCAUAACCACGCAUGUACUGGAUAUCGAAGACAAGAUAGGGCGUCUAUUUUCUUCCGUCAAGCCCGAACAAAUCCAUGUCCUCGUCGUCUCUUUAGUUCGGCGCGGAAGGAAACGUGACAUCGAGGAGCUGCUCGGGGGUGUAACUCAUCUACUUCCGGUGAUCGAUUAUGACGGCAUCCUAAUUCCCGCAGAUGAAAUCCAUGAGAAUGACCCGCUGUAGAUGCCGUUCUGGGACUGUGCCCGCUUUACCGCUGUGGAACCAACGUGAUUGAAUUCCCCGAAGACAGUAGCUUCCCGGGCAACAGAAAACACUCUCCAUUUACAUUCGCAGUUGUUAUCCAAAAUUACUGGCGAAAGUAUUGGAUCUUACGGACAAUUUGGGAACGCAUCGUGGGGUGCUUCUAGAAAGUCCAGGGAUUGGCAAACUACCGAAAGCCCUCCACAAGAUACUAGCCAAGAAGACGACUUUCUACUUUGCAGAUGGCGUUCAGCCUUAAAAACAGUGCUUGGCUUCUACGACGAGAUCAGGUCCGAGCGAAUUCUACAUCAAAUUGUUGACGACCUAUCUAGUCCGGUGCGCUACGCUUUCGCGUCAGACGCGUGGAACUUAAUGCCACGGACUGGUUGUUUCGUCAAGACAAGCCACAUCUUCUCAACUAUUAAUAUUUGAAUCAGCAAAGCGAUCGUCCUCUUCAUUCGGCUCUGCUAGAAGGCUAUGUCCAUCAGAUGUUGGCUCAAGAUGGAACAUUUCGAGUUCGCCGUCGUUGUGCCGCGGUGGUGCAGGAGGAACAAUUUGAGCUAUCAGCGACAAGAAAUGAACUCGACAAAAUCUGCGUAUUAUCGAACGGAUUUCUUGCCCAGCUCAACCAUCGAUGCCUUCGUUUGGCCAAUACUGUUCUUUCAGAGCAUGUUGACCGAGAAACGUCCUCUAGAGCGGAAGGAUGUCGAGCAUUGUGGCGCUUCUGCAGAUGCGAUGUUAUUUUUUUUUCUCACCACACCAGAGCUUUUUGACAGCGUACAAGUUCAACCGUACGCGAGCACAAACAGCAAUGAGGCUGGUCAGGAUAAGGCGGGGUAAGUCAGUUCGCGAAUUACACGAUAAUUGCUGAGGAUCGAUCUAUAGGCACACGUGAAAGCUUUCCCGUUGAAGCUGCAUAUCAAUUUAUUGAUAAUAGGCAACGGAUGAAGCAAUUGAAGACACCAUUCUUAUUAAUGCCAUCGCUGCGAAAAGUUAAACUUUAGUUUUCCUUUUUCUCGACAUUUCGCGAAUACCAAUUCCGGUAACGAUAGUGUCGCCAUCAGAGAGGGG